ACAUGUUUUGUUUUGUAAACCAAAACCAUAAAAGCUCGUCUUUUAAGGCUUCUAUCUAAAAAAAACUCCACUCAAGCUCACUCUCAGCUAUUCAAAAUCCCUAUGAUCUGUGUGGUUAGAGCAAAUGGAAGAUUCAUGCAAAAACUGUAGGAACUGGGAAGAGGAAAUCUUUUGGACCCAUUUUCAGUCCAUUCAUUUCUCCCAACUUCUCCAUGGUGAUUUUCUUCAGCGCUUGGAAAUACCGGAAAAUUUUGCUAAAAAUGUCAAGAAAAGGCUUCCAGAAACUGUGACUCUUAAAGGUCCCAGUGGUGUCAUAUGGGAUGUAGGACUGACAGCAGAUGAUGAUGUCUUGUUCUUCGAUGGCGGAUGGACAACUUUUGUAAAAGACCAUUUGUUGAUCGACAAUGACUUUUUGAUCUUCAAAUACAAUGGGGUGUCCCAUUUCGACGUUCUCAUGUUUGAUGGCAAGAGCUUGUGUGAGAAACCAUCUUCUUAUUUUGUGAGGAAGUGUAUGCAUACGGAAUCCCACUGUGAACACCAAACCAAAAGGAAAGCGAGUGAAAAUCCUGAUGAAAUUCUGCACAACUCUUCUCGGUGUGGCCUUGAAAGCAGUCCGGAAAAAUCCACCAACAAUGACACCGACGCCAGGCCAUCCACGAAAGCUAUGGAGUACGCGGCUAGUAAUAAUAAGAAGAAAAUCCAAAAUUCGGAUUCUGGUACUCGGUCCAUCAUGACAAAGAGGAGCCUUGGAGGCAAACAACCUUCUACUUUUCCUGUAGGAGUGAAGGUCGAAAGACUCGAAACUGAUUCGCAUGAUUCAGAGCAUGAACAUACAACAACAGAGUAUGAACACACAACAACAGAUGGCGAUGCCUUCGGCUCAUUGUGGCAUGCAACAGGUAAAAGGGUUGCGACCCGAGCUGAGAAAAUGAACGUCCUUUUAAAGGCACAAGAAGCAGUAACCGAUGAAGGUUUUAUGGUAGUUAUGAAGCCUACACAUGUUGACAGAAAGUUUUAUAUGUCUAUCCCUAUUGCAUGGGUGGUUAAACAUCUCUUUAAAACAAUGACAGAUGUGGUUCUUCGUAUGAAUGAGCGUACAUGGAGGACCCGAUUUUUUUAUCACCGAAAUCGCAAAAACGGAGGGUUUUCAGGUGGAUGGAGGAAGUUUGUGAAGGACAACAACAUAGAAGAACGCGAUGUGUGUGUAUUUGAGCCUGCAAAUAUAGGAAGUAAACCAAUCAUCCUGGAUGUUAGCAUCUUCCGUGUUCUCCCACCUGCAGUUCAUCUGAGACGAGUAAACCAUCCCCCGAGCUCGCCACCGGACAAAGUUGACUUGAACUCGACACCAGACAUAGUCAAGGUAAUCGACGCAUCAUCAUUACGUGCCGGAAAAUAG